AUGUAUGAAAUACAAGUUCAAUAUAAUUCAGAGGUAUCCGAAUCCGGUAUGGACUACAGCGACAGUAGUUCUCUUACCUGGAUAGGACUGACCCAAGCAAAUUACCCUGCCAGUGCAACUUGGACAUGGACGGAUGGAACACCGUACGACUAUAAAGACUGGGCUCCGGGCGAGCCGAACGACACCAAAGGACAGGAGCACUGCGUGCAGAUACACAGUGACUAUGUCGGAAAAGAUCCGUCAAAGGACAGUAGCUAUCGCCGUUGGAACGACAUUCCAUGCAACACUUACAUGAGAUCAUACGUCUGCAAGAAAGCAGCUCUGCAUUGA